AUCCAACCAGACCUCUCAUUAGAUUCUGCUCACGCCGCUCCAGCGUUAUAAAGAAGCCGGCUCGGCUGGUUGAGACGUUCGUUUUCUUUUAGUUUUAACCUCUUUAAAAACCUGAGGUGUAUGAUGACAAUUUAAAAUGGCACAAAACGACACGUUAUUACAUCUCUUCGCCGGGGGAUGUGGCGGUACAGUGGGUGCCAUUGCGACCUGCCCACUAGAGGUGUUGAAGACAAGGCUACAAUCAUCAGGUCUGACGCUCAGACCAGUGUUUCAGGUGCAGCUUGGUACUGUCAGCGGAGCUGGCGUAAUUAGACCGGGACCAGUAACGCCGCGCCUCAUGCAGGUCCUACGGUCAAUGUUGGAAAAAGAAGGACCAAGUUCGCUGUUCCGAGGACUGGGUCCAAAUCUAGUUGGCGUUGCGCCAUCAAGGGCAAUAUACUUUGCAGCCUACUCCAAGUCAAAAGAGACCUUUAAUGGCAUCUUUGUGCCAAACAGCGGAGCAGUGCACAUGUCUUCAGCUGGAUUUGCAGCAUUUGUAACAAACUCCUUGAUGAACCCCAUCUGGAUGGUCAAAACCAGAAUGCAGCUUGAAAAGAAGGCACGAGGCGAGAAGAAGAUGAACGCAUUGCAGUGUGCGCGCUACGUGUACAGGACCGAAGGUGUACGAGGCUUUUACCGGGGCCUCACUGCAUCGUACGCUGGAAUCUCAGAGACCAUGAUUUGCUUCCUCAUCUACGAGACUCUGAAGAAGCGCAUAGCGGAGAGUCAACUCAUGUCUGCCAACAGCGAUGGAGAAAAGAAUGCCUCGGACUUCCUAGGCCUUAUGUUAGCAGCUGCUUUUGCCAAAGGCUGUGCUUCCUGCAUAGCAUAUCCACAUGAGGUUAUUCGGACAAGGCUCAGAGAAGAGGGCAGUAAAUAUAAAUACUUUUUCCAAACGGCCCGCCUGGUGGCAGUGGAGGAGGGCUACGCUGCUUUUUACAGAGGACUCAUUCCACAGCUCAUUAGGCAAAUUCCCAACACAGCUUUAGUGCUCUCCACCUAUGAGCUCAUUGUCUACCUGCUGGGGCAGCCAUCUAAAUAAAGCCCAGUAUAACUUGCACAGAGACUUUAGGACCUGCAAUUAAACUUGGAUAAAAUAAAACCUGUUUUUGCCUAAGGAUACAGGUUGGCUGUAGAAUCCAAAGACGUUACAGAAAAAAAAAGAGCCUAUUUUUUUAUUUGGAUGCAUAUAUUCUACUAGAUGUAAAGUUUGAUUUACAUUUAUUGUGCAUCCUCACUGACACUUUAAUUUCAAAUGUGUGGAAUAUUAAUAUAUGGUACAAAUGUAAGGUUUAGAGCCGUGUUAAUAUUGCAUCACUGUACAGAAAGAGGUCAUCCUAAAGCACCUAGUGAUAUUAAGUUAACUAAAUUAUUCUUUUUUUUUUUUUUUUUUUUUUUUUUUAGUUGUAGUUUUUAAUUUAACUCAUGGUUCUGUCCAGUCUGCAAUUUGUCCUAAAAGAUGCUAAAGCUGAACUGUCCAGUGGAUCCUGUUGUACUGAAUAGGAAGGAUGCUGUUAUGAAGAUGUGACAGAUAGCUCUUUUGGACAUACUGUACAACUGUGAUGUUGCAAUAGUUUUGUUUAUGUUCAUCAUGUAGUGAUCUUAGUUGUUCAUGUCUUUUUACUGUUCUGUUUGUGACAGUCGGAUUGUCUUUUACAGCAAAAGGAAAAUACAUACACAAGCAGGAGUACAAUAAAAAUAAUACUGAACUG